UCUGUUAAUUUGACUGCAUGUACAUCAUCAAAUUCAGAGCAGUUCAUUACAAUGAUGUGACAUGUUGUAUGUUUGAAGGCUGUCAGGCUGUCAGAUCACAGGAACAGGCUUCACCUCUCUGGCCACAGCUCUGCUUUCCAAUCCCUCCUAUUUGAAAGAGCUGGACUUGAGCUAUAAUCAUCCAGGAGACUCAGGAAUGAAGCUUUUGUCUGCUCUAAAGAAGGAUCCGCAUGUGAAACUGGUCAUACUCUGUGUGGAGCCUCAAGGAGUCCAGUGGAUGAGACCAGGUCUAAGGAAAUAUUUCUUUGAUCUGACGCUGGAUCCAAACACAGCACACAGAAACCUCAAACUGUCUGAUGACAACAAGGAGGUGACACAUGUGGAAGAAGAUCAGCUGUAUCCUCAUCAUGAUCUUAGGUUUGAUCACUGGCCUCAGCUGCUGUGUACCAACAGUCUGAGUGGUCGCUGUUACUGGGAGGUCGAGUGGAGAGAAGAGGUUCAUGUUGCUGUAGUUUAUGGAGGAAUCAGACGGAAAGGAGAUGGUGAUGAAAGCAGGUUUGGAAGGACUCAUCAAUCCUGGAGCCUCUACUGCAGUGAUGACAGGGGUUACUAUGUAGAUCACAAUUACAUAGCAAGAGCCAUCCCUCUUCUCCCCUCAGCUCUCUCUCACAAAGUAGCAGUGUAUGUGGACUGUUCUGAAGGAACUGUGUCCUUCUACAGUGUCUCCUCUGAUAAACUGAUCCACCUGCACACCUUCAACACCACCUUCACUGAACCUGUAUAUGCUGGGUUUAGGGUGAAGUCUGACUCUAGUAUCCACCUCUGUGCUGACUCACAAUAAUAAACUUACUGUGCAGAGAAAUAUUCUCACAUUGGUGUUUCAAACUUUUUCUUACUUAGUAUAUCAGGUAACUGUCUCGUACAUAUAUUAGUUUGGUUUUCAUUCCAGAAUUAUUGGAUUAGACUGAUUCUCCUGAAAAAAUUUUUUUUUUUAUCAUCUCAUUGUCUUUGGUGCCUUUUUUAACAGCAGAUAUCAGUUUCUAUUAAUGCAUCAUGGUUUACAUACCCACAGGACUCUUGGUCCUGAGGAAAGAGGAACUUUAUUUUAAAAUCAGUUGCAUUACUAUCAUCUAUCACUAAAUUUGUUGCAUCCAUCCAUCUUCUUCCACUUUAUCCGGGGCCGGGUCGCGGGAGCAGCGGCCCAAGCAGAGCAGCCCAGACCUCCCUCUCCCUAGCUUAUCCGGGGAACACCAAGGCGUUCUCAGGCCAACCGAGGGAUAUAAUCGCUCCAGCAUGUACUGGGUCAGCCCCCGGGCUCCCCCCACCCUUCGGAGGAAACCCAUUUCUGUCGCUUGUAUCUGCAAUCUCGUUCUUUUGGUCACUACCCACAGCUCGUGACCAUAGGUGAGGGUAGGGUUGUAGAUCGACCGGUAAAUUGAGAGCUUCGCUUUGACACUCAGCUCUCUCUUCACCAUGACAGCGUCAGCAUCACUGCAGCCGCUGCACCAAUCCGUCUGUCGAUCUCUCGCUCCCUUCUCCCAUCACUCGUGAACAAGAACCCGAGAUAGUUAAACUCCUCCAUUUGGGGCAGGGUCUCAUCGCUGACCCGGAGUGGGCACUCCACUAAAUUUGUUGCAUUAUACCUGUAAGAUUUAUAUUAUUGAUUGUAAUGUAUGCUUAGAAAUAUUUACUCAUAUAUAAUUAGAGUUUUAUAAUCAAUUGCAUAAUGAUAGAGGUUUGAUCCUUAGUAGUCUGUAAAGACUCUGUGUGCCUUCCAGAGUGUUCUGGCAUGCACACACAACUUGGGGUCAUGAGAGAGGUCGUACCUUCUCUUACUGAUUUACGGUAUAGGAGGACACCUACUCUGUAUCUGGUUAAGUAUAAGAGCCCUUUGUUCAGGUGGACCGCUGGACUCCUGGCACCAGCUUUGGGGAGUCUUCACAGACUCAUAUCUUGAGAGCUGUUGUAGUAGAGUUGUCUCGUUCCAGCGAGGGGUGUGUGCUAGACACACCCAUCAAUACCCAUUUUAAUCAUGUUUAAACUGAUGGAUGAAAUCUUUGGAACAGAACAUUUUAACAUUUUAGACGUUGUUGGUUAGACUUUGUGAUGAUGAGCGCUGCAGGCUUCUAUAUAUUUUGUGUUUAGGCUUCUUUACUUUCUUACAUUGCAUAACUGUAUGCUUGUCUCUCUCUUGUUAUGCAAAUUAAGUAACAUUUUACCACAACAAGUUCCUGGAGAAAUGCAAUAUCACCACUAUGUGACCAGUUUUCAUAACAACUGAUCUGGAUGGUUCUGGAUCCAUUUAUUAGUCUGUGUUGAUCCAACUGUAGCUUCUAGUACUGCUGAUACAAGAAGAGCAGCUUAUGGCUAACUGGACGAUAUGGAGAGGUCUCUCUUCAGUUCAUAAU